AUGGUGCACCUACGAAUUAAAUGCUUAAAUGAUACCACCAAGAAUCUCUAUAAAAAUCACAAAACGUACUACGAGGGGGAUUGUGGAUUAGAUCUUUUCUGCUCCCAAGACCAAAUUGUUGAGGCAGGGCAGACAGUAUUUCUAAAUUUAGGAAUUCAGGCAGCGGCAUUUGUAGACAAAACUUGCAGCAAGCCUUGCGGCUGGUUGAUAUUUCCUCGUAGCAGUAUUUCAAAAACACCCUUAAGAUUGUGUAAUUCAGUUGGACUAAUAGACUCCGGAUACAGGGGCGACAUACUAGCUGCUGUAGAUAACAUUAAGACAACAGAUUAUACGGUAAAGGCGGGAGAUCGUCUGGUACAAGCGGUCAGCUUUAUUGGAGAUCCAGUUACGUUUGAGAUUGUAGAGGAAUUGGAUAAAACACAGAGAGGUUUGGGUGGGUUUGGUUCCACCGGUUCUUAA